AUGAGCCGGCGGCUGCAUCAACUGAAAGAGUGCUACAGUCCGCCAGAGCUGGUGGAUAAAUUUUUAGUGCUUGCACUCGCACCGAGUCCUGAGGAAUUCGACAUUUCGACUUUGAGUUUUUCGAUGAAAGAAUACAUCAGCACUGAACUCACAGACUCGGACCUCAGCGAGCUGUGUCACACCCCCGUCUUUAAGGACCUCAACAUGUCAGAUGGGCUAAAGAGCGUGUUACAAGACAUUCUCAAUGCCUUCCCCCGGACUUGGGACGUAUGCAGCGACGUCGUGGUCUUUGCGGGGGCCUUCGCAUACGACCUUGAAUCAGCCGAAAAAACAGACCAGUCGUGUCCGGUGCUUGGUGGGACUUUGUCUCUCGGGAAUUCGCCUCUGACACGACGGGACGAGGUGGGUAAUGCUGACUUGGACAACCUGGUUUACUCCGUGACUUCCCGGAUAAAUGCGCUAAGUCAGUAUGUUACGGGGCGCAGACGGAGGUUGCUGGGGCUGCACGAAAGCGGCCGCAGAUUGCACCGCAUCCUGUUUGAUGUAGACGAUGCCACUGAGCUGGCAGCGGCGAACAUUGCGGAACUGCUAUAUCCACGGCCGUCGUCGUCGGAAGGUCGCGAGUUGCGUGUGAAGGAAGAGGUCAUCAAAACGGCCGUGCUGACGCUGUUCGAUAUUUACUCGCGGCAAGUACGAGCGUACAACUUGGUUCAUGGCUUCCUCGUCCAUGCGCGGAACUCUACACAGCAGGAGGCCCGACCGGGUGUGAACCCCACCGCUGAAGCGGAACAGUCGACGAAUGAACUCGAAGAUUUUCUGGGUGUGGUCGGUACUUUCCUGAGUCAGCAACCGCCUGCUCGCCGUUUGGCGUCGCAGACGGCGUGGCGCUUUGCGCCGACGCCUGCCAAAUGGCGAAUGUUGCGUCACGAGCAGCAGCUGCAGUUGUAUACAUUGGUCGACGACAUCGCACGCGUGCGUGCAGACCUGCGCGCCUGUCAGGAUGCCUGUCAAAGUCUCGCACAGCAAGUGGAGUACACACUCAGCGUAUAUAAUCCGGACUUCUUCGAUCUUGAUGGGCAACCAUACCUGGCUUUCGCACUUGCGCGGGCGUCCUUUUUUUGUGUACGGCAUUGUCGCACACCGAUCUUUGCGCCGGCUAUUUCAAACUUCGCUAAUAUAUGCUUCCAUGGCAUCGUGGAUGCCUCUUCGGAAGACAUCAAGCGCGGUGCGUUUCUGGGUAGAAGCGGCGCGGUUGGAACGCAUAUGCCCGUUUCCACUUACCGCUGGAGUUUGGACGCACUCGAGAACACUUGCGAAGAAGGCAUUAAGGCGGUGUACAAAAUAUCCCUCGGCGUCCCCGAGCCUAUGGAGGGCAUGCGAUUGGGCCUGCUGUCGCUCUACGAGGAGCUGCCCGACGUCGAGGACGAGUCCCUGUGUGCGCACGUAUCUCUCGGACGCGCGGCAUAUGAGAUGGUCGGGGCGUGCGUCAACGAAAUCACCAGUGUUGCUGAGCUCGGACGUUUUGCGGGUGAAGUCUAUAAGACCGCCUACGACUACUGGGCCAGCCCUGCCUACCACGACCUCACCAGUCAGUUCGAAAACCUCGCGCUCCAUGAAACAUUUCUUGACGGCGUCUUGCGAACACACACACUUACCAUCGACGCGCCGCGCACGAAAUACACCGUCAGCCCCCACAUGAUCCGCUUCUUCCGCCUCAUGCAACGGGCCAUACUUAAAAUGGUCGCACUCGUCGACUUCGACGUCGUCCGCGACCAGGACGAAGGUCAAGACCGUCGGGACGAAGGUCAAGACCGCCGUGACGAACCAUGGAGCCAACCCCGUCAGACUGAGAAGGAUAUUUUCCACUCCUCCUUCUUCGAAAGACGAGAAUGGAAAGAUAUCGUCGACUACGCCUCCAAGGUCAUUGCCACGGACCUUGCCGCGAUCAAGUACCCCUGUCUCGCAAAUUACAAACAGGAGCUCCGCAUCGAUGACGACCAACCGCCUGUAGAGUCAGUAGAUAAGCCGGUCGUGGAAGAUAAGUUGGUCGCGGAAGAGAAGCCCAUGUUGCAGAAAGACCGUGCCGCUGCGGAACCUGUACCCGAGGUCCUGAGGCCGGGGUCGGAGGGACAGGGGUUGACAGGUGUAAAAAUAGACGUCCGAAACGAGGACCAGAAAGAACCGGACCUGCGCAAGUACGAAGACCUUGGCGACGAGGAGUUGCGCGAGUCCAAACGUCUCCUGGAAGAGUCAUUCAUCCGCAACAGGAUUCCGAUUCGUAGAGCGUCUGCAAACAAAAUUCCAAACGAGGAGCCGGAGGCGCAGGAGCAGGCCACGGAGCACGAGGGGGCGACGGAAUCGGAGGGGCUUUCGGGACCGGAGGCGCCGGCGGAGCGGGAGGGAGGCGGUGAGGAAGAGGAAGGAGCUGAAGGGGAGUCAAGACGAACAUCCAAGGUUAUCCCGCCGUACAACUGGGAACCUUAUGCUCCCUCGUUCAAAUCGCAGCUGGUCAUUUCGUCUGCCGAAGACGGCGACGGGACCACCUACCAACUGAAGGGCAACAGCAUCUCCGUUGAGUCCAGCGAUAACGACGAAAUUUGA